AUGGAGGGAACCUGGAACCCGAUACCAUCCCAGCAACAUUAUCGAAAGGGACCAUUAUGCUGGUGGAGGACUCAUGGUUUGGGCAGGAUCAUGCAAGAUACCCGCACACCGCUCCAUGUGUUUGACAACGGUUCCGUGAAUGCCCAGAAGUACAGGCAGGAGGUCCUAGAGCCCUAUGUGCGUCUUUUCAGGGGCGCUGUUGGCCCUGAGUUCAUUUUUAUGGACGACAAUGCGCUACCACAUAGGGCUCUCAUGGUUGAUGAAAAAAUGAAUCCGAUACCUGAGUCUAAAGACAAAGAAUCGCUUGAAGUUGAUAAGAGAACUGAUAGUAGUUCUAAAAUGGAUCAAGCUCUUUCCAACUUGUCUACCAAUCCAAACGUAGUCCUGCAGACAUUCAAAGUUGUAAUUAGAGGCAACGGGAAAAAACGUGUAGCAAGAGCUAUUAUCGAUAUUGGUUCACAGUGGUCAUAUUUACUACGAGCUACAGCUGAAGAAAUGAGCUAUGAGCCUACCAGCUGUGAAUAUUUGCAGCACUCCCUAUUUGGUGGCAAGCAUACUCGGCAGUUAGCUGCUUAUAAUGUAAAUAUUGUGGAUAAUUGUGAAGAUCCUAUUGAAAUCCUUAUCGGAGCUGAUGUAGCUGGGAAGCUCAUGACAGGAGGUUAUCGUGAAAUGUCUUGUGGACUCGUAGCGAUUGAAACAAAACUUGGGUGGUCUGUAAUGGGACGAAUAACUGAGACUGCGAGAAGUGAAUGUUCAUCUUUAUUAGUUCAGUCCAUGUUAUCUACAGCAGAGAAAAUAACAGACUUAUGGUCCUUGGAUACUCUUGGUAUAACUGACCCAUCUGUGAAGAAAAGCCAGAUCGAGUUGCAAGAAGCUGCUCGAAUGCAUUUUCUAAAUACAGUUCAUUUGGUAGAUGAUCGUUUUGAAGUAGAUUUGCCUUGGUUGGAAGAUCAUCCACCACUCCCAGAUUAUUUUGAUUUAGCAAAGGGAAGACUGAACAAGACUGUUAAACGUCUUAAAACCGAGUCUAAUUAUGAAGCUUAUGAGAAUGUUUUUCGGGAAUGGCUUGAGGAGGGAGUAAUUGAGGAAGUUGCCAAAAAUGAUCAGGCUUCAGUACAUUAUCUGCCUCAUCGAGCAGUUAUCAAGGAGAAUAGCACUACAAAAAUCCGGCCUGUCUUUGACGCUUCGGCCAAGGCAAAGGGAUUUCCUAGUCUUAAUGAUUGUCUUGAGAAGGGGCCGAAUCUAAUAGAGCAGAUUCCGAGUAUUUUAACCCGAUUUCGAAAAGAGAAGAUCGGUGUUAUUGCUGACAUCCGAAAAGCCUUUCUACAAAUAGGUGUUUCACCCACGGAUAGAGAUUACUUGAGGUUUUUGUGGAUUGGUUAUGAUGGUCAGCUGAAAGAGUACAGACAUUGCCGUGUAGUUUUUGGUGUAUCGAGUAGCCCUUUUCUUCUAAAUUCUACUAUUCAGCUUCAUUUACAAACUGUUUUGGAAAAAAUAGGAACUGGAGAAUCUUCGUAUCCAAAAGAUGUCAUUCAAAAACUUGCGCAUAGUUUUUAUGUCGACAAUUGUGUUAGUUGCGUUAAAAAUGAAAAAGAACUACAUCGUUUUAUUAACGUUUCGACUGAGGUAAUGGCCGAGAAAAAAUUCGAGCUUAGAGGGUGGGAGUUCAGUGAUGUCCAUGCUGAUACUUCUGCCGAUACAAUUGUGCUCGGCCUGGUAACUAAGCGAUUAAUCUUAUCUACAGCUCAUAGAUUGUUCGAUCCUCUUGGUAUAUGUUGUCCUGUCAUCCUAAUUUCUAAAUUAUUGCUUCAAGAAACGUGGAAGCAGAAAAUAACAUGGGAUGAAGAAGUUGAUAAAAUUACAAAAAAUACAUUAUUAAAUUGGCUAAAAGAUAUUCACUGUUUAGAGAAAAUCCGUUUUCCAAGAUAUUUUGGUUCAGAGAUUGCAAGUGGAGAUAUUUCAGUACAUAUUUUCUGUGAUGCUAGUAAGCAUGCUUAUGCUGUCGCUGCUUUCAUCCGAAUACAGAUUUGUGAUUCAGUUAAAGUACAACUUAUACAAGCCAGGAGUAGAGUUUCACCAACAGGAAAGGAAGGGAUUACUAUCUCUAGACUUGAGUUACUUGCAGCUACUGUCUCAGCAAGACUUUCAACUUCUAUUUUGUCAGAGAUACAGAGUGAAGAAGUUUACUUCUGGACUGAUUCUUCGACUGUCUUGACAUGGAUUAUGAGAGAAGAAGCCUGGAAUGUCUUUGUCCAGAAUAGAGUGAAGGAAAUUAGAGCGUUAACAAAUAAAAGUUCUUGGAGACAUAUCCCUGGUUCCAUGAAUCCUGCUGAUCUUCCGAGUAGUGGUUGUUCAGCUCAAACUUUAUUGAAAUCUAACUGGUGGUUAGGACCAAGUUGGCUUUACUUGCCUAAAGAGGAUUGGCCAAAAGGAAAUCUAAGCUUAAUGAAAGCGAGAUUGUUCGGGAAAAGAAAAAGACCAUAG